UGUCAGUCUGUUGUCGUGUUCCAAGCAAAAUACUGUGAAUGUAAUGUCACUUUACCAACUGGAUUUGUCGUGAAACUGCUGUGUUGUGUUAUAUUUACUUCAAUUGUGACUGAAUAUUGUAUGAAAUAUUAAGCUUAGAAGCCGGUAAAUGCAGUGAAGUGUUUGUUUGUGAUUUUUAGUGACCGUUUUUGUGUUGAAUCGUGUCUUGAAGCUAAGAUCGCCGCGAUUACUUCAAGUUCGCCGGCUUAUCAUGUUGUGGAAAUGCUGCUAACUUCUGUGAGAUGCCGAUGUAGGCUGAGCGGCCAGUGCGAAACAGUGAAAUGCGGAAAUAAACAAAAAAUAUCUGUGAAGUUCUCAAUUUAAAUUCCAUAUUAUCGACUAACGGCGAGUGCGUGACGUUUUGUGCUGUUCGAAAUUUAAAUGCGCGAACGCGAUUGGACGGCGUGCAGCGCCUCGUGAUUAGUGAUGUGCUGUGUCGAUUGUUAUAGUGAUCGAUAGUCGAAAUGGCGACAAUGGAUCUCACCAACGAGGUGGUCCGACUGCGGGCCGAACUGGAGAAGGUGUCAACAGAGCGGGACAUGCUGCUCUGUGAAGUUUCUAACCUGAGAAGGGAGUUAGAGCUGAGCGAGUUGAAACACUUGCAAGAUGACAGCUUCUCACAGAAAGUGGACGAGGAAGAGAGUGGAGGCGGGGGUGCGUUACAUCCACCAGACGGGUUCUACUCCCACAGCCACUCGAUCCACAGCGGUCACCAUGGUCACCACGCCGAACCUGACAGAGGUUACAUGGAGGGCAAUAGAUACGUCACUGCUGUCCAUCGGCCAUUGCCUGCAUUAAAUCAUUCAAACUCGUCAUGUUCGUCAGCGUCGAACGCGUCUACUGGCGCGGGGCUCUGCCCGGGCGCGACGGAACCCGCCCCGCCGUUGUACAUUGCUGCGCCGCCCGAGGGAUUCGGUUUAGCUGUACAUACCAACAGGCGUGGCACAGACGUGUCCAUCAUUGGGACAACAGGAAUUACACAAAAAGAUCCAAGUUUACCCCAAAAAAGGGGUAAAUUGAUGAGAGGUCGUUAUGAGAUGUCCCAAGAUCUACUCGAUAAGCAAGUGGAGAUAUUGGAAAGAAGAUACGGAGGCCUAAGGGCCAGAAGAGCGGCCGUGACGAUUCAGAGAGCGUUCAGGAGGCGACAGUUGUUGAAGAAGUUUAGCGCCAUCACGGCGAUGGCUAAAGCGGCAGACUCCAACACCAGGAGGCUGCAAGACGGCCCUGAUCACGGGCAACUAGUCAAUGGUACAGAUAUCUACGCAAACACAUUACUACAGAAAAGUCCCGCUGGUCAGGAGAAAAUGCUAGCAAUGACCAGGCCAAUGCGGUCCAUGUCGCUGCGAGAGCGACACGACAUAGACCUCAGUAACCAUUUACAAUGUGAGGCUCAAAACGAAGUGGAAGCAAUGGUCGCCAGGGUGCAGCACUCGGCCCAUCAAAUCCACAUGAUCGCUGCUGAAAUGCCUCAUCAUCACCGCAGCGACACCGACAGCGGGAUGUGCAGUUGUUCCGUAAGCGGAUCAGUCACCAAUAUAUCGACAUCGUCCUCACACAAUGAUUCACUGCACAACCAUCAGCUGAUGAACAAUUCAGGUCCUAUAUACGGCAAUCUGUUGUCAUCAGGAGGUAAACCACUGUCAUCGCCGACAGCUCGACAACAGCAGCAACUGGCUGCUAUACAAGCUGCCAACGCUCGACGGCUGCCUCCCGAAGUUCCGAAGAGAACUAGCAGCAUAACGCUGAAUGCGGAGAGUCCAGUGUCGCUUCGUCGAGCUGAAUGUGGUGGUGCCGUGGUCCGUGGUGGCUCAAUGUCCUCGGUGCAGUCGAGUUCCUCGUCAUCCUCACAAGAGCACCGUCAUCAUUACCACCAACCAUACCAGCCAAGAGCUCCGGAGCCACACGUGCACAUCCAAGAGCAGCACUUCCAACACCAGCGUACAGCAUCCGGGACGGUGUAUGAAGGACCCGAGCGGUACGCAGUGUGGAAACGGCAAGAAGCGCCCCCAUACUACGAAGCGCCUCCUCCACCAGCGGCGUGCUGUCGACCCCAACAUGAACAUCAUCAGAUACGUCAUCAGCCGCUAAAGGUGUCGGAAACUGUCCGUAAGCGACAAUACCGCGUGGGAUUGAACCUCUUCAAUAAGAAACCAGAACGGGGCAUCGCGUAUCUGAUCUCGAGGGGUUUCCUGGAGAACUCCCCGCUGGGUGUCGCGCGGUUCCUCAUCACCAGGAAGGGGCUCAGCAAGCAGAUGAUUGGAGAGUACCUGGGGAAUCUGCAGAGUCAAUUCAACAUGGCUGUCUUGGAAUGUUUCGUGAACGAGCUGGACCUAUCAGGCAUGGCCGUGGACGUAGCAUUACGGCGAUAUCAGGCCCACUUCAGGCUGCCUGGUGAGGCGCAAAAGAUAGAACGCCUGGUAGAAGCGUUCGCUCGUAGAUACUGCAUUUGCAAUCCUGACUUCGUACAGCGUUUGCGUACUCAAGACACGAUAUUCGUGUUGGCUUUCGCCAUAAUAAUGCUAAACACGGAUCUGCACACGCCCAACUUGAAACCUGAGGCGCGGAUGUCUCUCGACGACUUUGUGCGCAAUCUGCGCGGCAUCGACGACUGUGGUGACAUCGACCGAGAUAUGCUGGCCGGCAUAUACGACAGAGUGAAAUCCAGUGAAUUCAGACCCGGCAGCGACCACGUUACACAGGUGAUGAAAGUGCAAGCAACAAUAGUAGGCAAGAAGCCGCACUUGGCUCUUCCCCACCGUCGUCUCGUGUGCUACUGCCGACUCUACGAGAUACCAGAUAUACAUAAGAAGGAACGGCCCGGGGUACAUCAGAGAGAGGUGUUCCUGUUCAAUGAUCUGCUGGUGAUUACGAAGAUCUUCAGCAAGAAGAAGUCAUCUGUUACGUAUACGUUCCGGCAGUCGUUCCCUCUGUGUGGAAUGUCUGUAAACUUAUUCGCUGUGCCACAUUAUCCAUUCGGUAUUCGACUCUCUCGACGAGUGGACGGACGUCGACUGGCGACGUUCAACGCACGCAAUGAACACGACCGCUGCAAAUUCGCAGAAGACCUACGCGAGAGUAUCGCGGAGAUGGACGAAAUGGAAGCGAUGAGGAUCGAGGGCGAACUGAACAGAGGGAAGGGCAGAACUGGAGGCAAUAAUAGACAAGUAAUGGAGAACAGAGACAGCGGUGUAGCGGACGUCGAAUUAGACCACCAACAGUGUAUGGAUCACGUGCAUAUGCAUGGCGUGGUGGUGCCCCCACCGCCCACGUGUCCGGCGCCGGCGGCCCCCUCGCGUAUGUCCAAUCCACCGCCGACGACUAUCAUCAAGCGCAACGUACUCUCCAACUCGCUGGUUGAUAUCAAUGAUCCAGUGGCGCUAGCAGCAGAACGCUUACAACGUCGCGGGUCAGUGGGAUCUCUGGACAGCGGCAUGUCUGUAUCAUUCCAACAAGGCAGCCGCAACGCACUCCACGCCACCUCACCGAGACAUCCAACCGACCAACGAUCACCAGGUCGCCUCUUCAGUGGCAUGUUCCCUGGUCGACAACGGAAACUAAGCGCAUCAGGUGUACCUGACACUAAACAUGCCCAGGUCGGAAAAAGUACUGAGGUUUAAAACGGUCGACAUGUCGAAACACGCUGCGGACGCAUAGAGACGCCAUUUUGCAAACAAAACAAUUAAUUUAUUGUCUAUACUUUUCAAAUGCAUCAUAGACUAAAUGCGUUCAGUUAUAGCAUUCGAUAGUUCAGACUUUUCUGAAGUUGAUCUGAUUUAUAAUCUCUUAAGUAUCUUAUAAAUAAUAGUGAAUUUUGUGAUUUUGUCCUUGGAAUUAAAGUAUAUAUUUAAAGUUAUAGAUAUAAACAUAAAUUUGAAGUUAUAUUACCCAGAGAGACUGGGCACAAAGGAGUUUACGAGGAUACCUCUGUCUCCACCUAAUUUUGAUACAGAGGUAUUUAGGCCUGUGGGGUACCGUGAGGGUCACACUCAAUUUUGUGAUGUUCGAGACGAUGUUUAGACAUUUUCCACCCGGAAGGUUAUUAGCUUAUUUGCUAUUCAGCAGUUAGAUAAAAAAUUGGAGUUAUAUAAAAACAAUCUGGAAUUGUUAAUCAACUUCAAAGUCUGAAAUAUCAUGGUUCGAUUUAAUUCUAAUGUAUAUUAAAAUUGGUUUUAUAGUGCCAUCCUUCUUGUAUCUUUUUGUAAGAGAUUGUGUAUAUGAAUUUGACUUUAUUUAUAAUAUUAACAAUUAUUACCGGCUCUUUAUAUUAAUUUGAUAGAAUUUGCGUACGUAAUAAUCAAGAUUUGAAUUCGCAUGCCGCUAAAUAUGAUACCGAAACCUUAAGACACCUAAUCCAUAAAUACAUCAUAUAUCUAAUAAAUCUUUUAUAACAAUUGAAAUAUUUUGUCCUUCUCAAUCUGGAUAUUUUCUUGAUUAAAAAAAAACGAUACGAUUAAGGGGUAAAGGAGUUAAACUUACUUUGUUGUAAGUUGGUAUUUAUACGAAUAAAUUUAGUACAAGGAUUUGCAAUAAAAAAAUUAAUACAAUGCAUGAAUUCUAUUAGGUAAAAUGUAUUGAAAUUUGACCAGCCGGUCUACUCUGGAAGCAAUUCCGAUCCAAUGACAUUUGAUUGUCCGUUUCGCACCUGUUAAACUCUAGUAUUGUUAAUUCAAUGUUUUGUGGUCAAAGAACUAACCGGCAUUGUUACCGAUUUCGUCAUAAUUACGACUCAAAUAAUAUCUACGAGGUAAAAA